UUCAAACCCUUUCGUAUUCAUAUUCACACAAGCCAGAAAGCAAGAAAAGAAGGAAUAUGGCGGCGCAGCAGGAGAGAUCGGAGCUGGAGGCCAAAGCAAAGCAGGGAGAGACCGUGGUUCCGGGCGGAACCGGCGGGAAAAGCCUCGAAGCUCAAGAACGUCUCGCCGAAGGUCGGAGCCGGGGCGGGCAGACGAGGAAAGAGCAGUUGGGGUAUGAAGGGUAUCAGGAGAUGGGGCACCGAGGAGGAGAGACGAGAAGGGAGCAGAUGGGGCAAGAAGGGUACCAAGAGAUGGGCAAGAAAGGUGGGCUGAGCACCAUGGAUAAGUCCGCCUCCGAGCGGGUGGAGGAGGAAGGAAUCGAGAUCGACGAGUCCAAGUUCAGGACCAAGGACCGCUGAACCACCCUGGCUUUGGUAUAUGUACAAUAAUAUGUAUGUGGGCGGGUGUUUUUCAUUUCCUUUACUGUUCUACUUUAUGGUUGCCUUUUGUUUUCUCGACACGUGCACGUCGGUGCCUUAUCGGUGGGGGGUUUGGUAUUUGCGGAAGGGACGAAUUUUGCUGUACCUUGUGUUCUCUUCUGCAUGGAAAUAGAAGUAGGGGGCUUGAAGUUAUAAACUUACGACAUGCUU